AUGAUGCAGACUUUUAUCAGAAGUAGUGUUCUUUUAAUUAACAAGCAUCUCUCAAUACCAACAUUAAUAGUGAACAGAACAGUGUCAUCUACAGCGGCUUUGUACGAAACGAAAAUUUUGGCUAUUGGCGCAACUAAAAAUAUAGCUGCGGAAGCACAAAAAUCUUUGAUCGCAUUGGGAUAUAAAAAUUCAAAACUACUUGGCGUUUACAAUACAGAGGAAAGUGAUCAGGAAUUAAUCACUGCACUCAAAGAAAAGCAAUGGGAUGCAAUAUCAAUUGGUAUAUUUAGUUCUUUUGACUACU